ACACACACACAAAACGGUAGAUGAAUUACCCGAAUGAAUGAAUGAAUGAACACAACACACCACAAAUAUACACGGAAAUACAGUAUAUGCUGUUAACCACAAUAUAUAUGGACAUUCAAAAUUAUAAAGAUGGUUAUAUUAUAUUAUUAUGGUCAUAUAUGAUAAUGAUGUCGACUGUAAACGUCAACUGUUGACCAAACAACAACGACACACAACAACAAUAAUAUAAAAAUAAUAAUCAUCGUCAUCAUUGAUUGUUGUCGUCAUUUGGUUAUUGUUAAAUAGAUGAAAAGUCUUUUUUUUCAUUUCUUCAUUCAAAAUCAUCGUGAAUGUAUUAUAAAUUUUUUUUGUUGUUGUUGUUGUUGUGUUUCUGAUGUGUCCCAGAUGUAGUGUUCGCGAAUACAAAAAAAAAAAACAACAACAACAACAACAACAUCGUCGUAUAACUCCAAUGAUCCAUGAUGAUGAUGAUGAUUAGUUAUUCAACAUUGCUCAUUGAUGAAUGAUGAAUAUGUCUUAUUCACUUUUUUCUUCAUUGAUUUCUAUAUUAUUAAUCCAUUGAUUUGUAUUCCAAAUGAUGAUGAUGGAAUUUAAUCCAGAUGACGAAGCAAUCUGUGCCAAGAGAUUCUUGUUUUUGUUCAACAUAAUAUUCUGGAUUUCUAGUAUAAUCAUAUUCAUUUUUGGUGUUUAUUAUCUUGUACAAGAUGAAUUGGCAUCAUUGUUUUUAUUAUUUUUUGCACCAAGAAAUAAUUUGGCCCUUUUACAAUUGCUUGCAUGGAUUCUUGUCUUUCUUGGAACGUUAACAUUUUUGAUGGCUUUAUGUGGUUGUUUCACUGCUAUGGAAAACAAUCGAUGUUUAUUGUUCAUUUACACAUUUUUAUUGAUGCUUACAUUUUCAUUGGAAAUGACCAUUGGUAUGUUGGCCGUUAUAUUCAAGGAAAGAAUUUUUUCUAGACAAUCAACCAUUGAUUUUGUGCUACUUUUACAAAAUGAAUAUGGUAUUCAUUCAUCAUUUACAGCAGCUGUAGAUUUAGCACAAACAAAAUUUGAAUGUUGUGGUAUUGAAUCACCAGCCGAUUAUCAACAUUCACGAUGGUUACAAAAACAGAUUGAAAAUCGAUUACCUGAUGGUAUACUUAUUGUAAGUCGUACAUGUUGUAAGCUUGCCAAUCGUAUGGAAAAAAAUUCACAUCUUAAUCCUAAGCCUAUUAAUGAAACAAUGUGCCAAUCAGAUAAUGAUGAUGAAAAUCGACCAUUUCGAAAUCAGAAGGGAUGUAUGCAACUUGUUGAUGAAUUCAUACGUUCUGAAUGUAAAAUGUUUAUCGGAUUAGGUGUUGGUUUGGCUGGAUUUUCGUUUAUCGGUAUAUUGGCCAGUAUUUGUUUUUGUCGUUCAGUACAUUCAACACCAAGACUAAAAAGAACAAGAAAAACUCCUAUUACUCGUGGACAUGGUUUUCAUUGAUGAACGAAUAGAAUUAAUGUAAAAUAUGAUGAUGGUGAUAUAUAUUGUAUUUUAAAAAAAAAAAACGAUGUAUAAUGAAAAUUUCCUGUUCAGAAAAUUAUUGUUUAUAUAAAAUAAGUGCACAUCAGGCAACAAGGUUAUUUUUGUAAAUACCAAAACAAAAAACAAAAACAAAAUUGAUAACCCAUUCAUGUAUUCAAUUUAUA